CCCUGUCUGUUUGGGGAUGGCCAGUUGUAGUUCUGAAAACUGUUAGCUAACGGUGUUAUUCACGGGAGCUGGAGUCGCUUUGGUAGAAUCAUAUUCUCAAGUCGGCUCCGCUGACAAAUCACACCUGCAGAUGGUUCACAUUCAACUCUGGCAGUGAGUUUUGUCAAAGGGAGCAACACUGGUUCUGAUUCCUCCAACACAGCUAGCAUUAGCUGGCGGAUCCCACUUCGUAGCUAGGUGAGUUAGUUGCUAAGCAGUGAUGGAGUGGCUGGGCAACGUAGCUUCAAAUCAACCUCACGAAGAGUCAAGCUGUGACGAGGCUUCAAGGGACCUCAGUGGUGUUUAUCCUCAGCAGCAGCAGUCGCCGUCGUUGCUCCGCUGUGAUUGUGCCAUGGCGUCUCUGUGCCAGAGCCAGCAGCGCUGCGUGAAGGCCUCCAUCGUCUCCAGCUGGAGACUGGCUGAAGCUCAGGAUCAGCUGUGUUCUCUCGGCGUCCACAGCUCCGAGUCCCUGGAGCAGGAACGUGCUCGCACUCGGGUGUGCGCCACAGAACUCACGCACACUGUGGAGGAGUGGCGCCGCAAGGAGAGCAUGCUGGGAGGUCCAGAACCCAGCCGGAGUCCCGUGCUUGGAGCUGUGAGCAGUUGGGAUGUUUUUAAUAAGAGUAUCAUCAAUGUCCCAAACCAGCCAGUAGAAAUGGAUCAAGACAAGUGCAAGACGUUUCUCCAGAAGUAUGAGCAAGAGCUCAGGCACUUCGGAAUGUUGCGGCGAUGGGACGACAGUCAGCGGUUCCUCGCUGAAAUGCCGCAGCUCAUCUGCGAGGAAACGGCAAACUACCUAGUCCUGUGGUGCAUGAGACUUCAGCAAGAAGGGAAAGAAGCGCUGAUGGAGCAGGUUGCACACCAAGCUGUAGUCAUGCAAUUCAUCCUAGAGAUGGCUUCAAACUCUCAGCAGGAUCCUCGAGGCUGCUUCAGACAGUUCUUCCACAAAGCCAAAGACGGACAAGACGUCUACUUAGAAGUCUUCCAGACGGAGCUUGAGGCCUUCAAACACAGAGUGAGAGAAUAUGCACUCAAGUGCAGAGAUGACACACACAACAACAUAGAAGAACACAACACUGGCACAAACUGCAGACUGGACCCCAAAGAAGCCCUGGACUCUUUACCUCCAGUGGCAGAGUAUCCUACAAAGCGAUGUAUAGAGUCCGAACUGUGGACAAACACCGUGCGAUGGACAAAGGAUGACGCCACAGAGACAGAUGACAUACGCAUGAUGGAGACAUCCUAGUGAUUGUAGAAACAGCGCCUCCUUUUUUCCCUCCCAUCUCCAUCGUCUCACCCAUUUAGGAUGAACCUGAGUUUUUACGCCCUCUUCCCCAGCAGAUGUGUUUGGGGGAAAACGCCAGUGCAGAAGAAGGAAUUAAGCGAAGACGUGACUCGAUUUAAGAGUUGCAGAUUAUAAGUGGAGAACCUGCGGGAAAUAACGUUUCUCCAGUGACGGACAUUUCUCAGUGUAGUCCUCGUUAUGUCGCUGUGGAAGGCCCUCCGGUAAGUCGGCUCCUGCUGUGUCUCUCUGCGUCAAGCUGGCUCUAAAAAAGAGAAACAUCCUGAGUUCCGAAGUGAAAGCGAAGCAGAUCCACUCAAUUGUAAAUUACUUCCAGACAACACAAAAGAAUACCUAGACAAUAAGUUAAGCACCAAAUCCUGUGCCUCAAGGAGGACUCGUGUCAGAGGGACGCUGUAGGAGUGUUGUAGCUGUGAAUGAUUCUCAGAUUUCAAUCAUGAGGGGAAAAUGUAUUUAAUGAGGAAAUGUUAGCAGUGGAGUUCAUGAGAAAGCUGUCGUGUCCGGUCUGGUAUGAAAGGGAGAUUUCUUUAAUGUGAGAAUUUCAGGCUUACUGAAAACUUUUGUUAGAUGUUUCACAAGAAUUGACAGAAAGUAGGCAAAUAGCUGACACUAUUCUGAUAAAUAAAUUGACAUUUAUAUCACAACAAAGGCCCGGAAGCAGCUGUGCUUUUUCUGGCCGUUUUCACGUUCCUCCCAUUUGGCUAGAGGAAAAUUCUCCGGAGAAUAUCCUGCUGCAUCCUCACAUCAGCCCACUCGGAUUUGCUGCAGAAAAAGUACCAGGGGUCUGGCAGGAGAAACUCCGGGGGAAGUCGGAGUGAAAAAUGUGGCUGUUUGCAAACACACGUACAGCUCUGUGCCGACCUGUCGGAUUCCUGUUUAUUUCUUCAGCAUUAUGCUCAGAAUCACUCAGCGAGUACAACCCUUUCUGACUGAUCAGCAUGAGGAGCUGCACACAAUCCCACACGGGUUGAUUAUCAUGAGAGGACCGAUGAUGUUGAUAUGUCAGCCAAUAGGAUCAUUCAGAGUUUAUGAAACGACAAAGCAAUCAGCAUCCAGUUUGUAAAACCAGCUUUUAAGAGCCGCUUUUGCAUCGCUCAACAAACACCGGUGUAAUCUGAACGCAUGAGUCAUUAAAGGUGAAUAGAGGCCUCUGUGGUUGUCAGUUAAAGAGGUUGCUUUUCAUCGUUUGAAUUAAGAUUAUCUGAUAAUUAGCAGAGAAAGGUAGGUAAUUGCAGGUGACGGAGUGCAAAUCUGCAUGUUUUAGCACAUUCAAGGUUCAUUAGCUUUCUGGAUUUGCUUCUCUGGUUCAGAGGUUUGCAAGAGUAAAACUGUACCUUUCAUAAACCCAGUAUUUCAAUCCACAAGUAGAAGACACAAGUGCUCCUUUCUCUCUUCACUAAGGGGAAUAUCAAUUUUAAGUUCACGCUUUUGGAGCUACAAGUGAGUCAGAAGGUUUGAGUACCUUUAAGGAGAGAAGGGGGGAAAAAAAGGGCUGAGUUCACCACAAAGACUUUUACUGUUUAUGAGCAUGCAGAAAGGAUGUCUGCAUCUGAAUGUGUCCUGCACUUUAUAUUUCUCUUGUCAGAACAGAAGCGUUUAAUUCAAAGAGAUCGAGGUGUAUGAAGCACUUGAAGGUAUAGUUCUCCCCUGUACAAUAUUUCGAUUUGGUCACUUUUUCUUUGUUGUGUCCCCUGGAAUUUUUAUUUCACCCGCAGGCUUUACUUGAGCAUGUGGUGGUUUUUGUGUCACAUUUUUUGUUUGUUUUGAAUUAUGUUUGCCAAGUUUUUAAGUUUUUUUUUUUAAAGAUUUGUUAGGCUUACAGUUAAGAAAAUAAAUAAAAGGACAUUUUUGUUUAACUGGGUGGACAAAAUCAGUGUGAAAAAUCUGCUGAGAGGCGCAAAGAGUACAACUUCCACAACAGAUCGUGGAACUGUAGACACCAUGCAUUAAAGAACAGUGUAUUUGUUUCUGACUUUCCACUUUUGGGGGAUGCAUUCUUGUCUCACUCUUCAUAUUUCACAGAUUUGAGUUUGGCCUGAACGGUGCCAUUUUUUUUUUCUUUACAGUGAAUCUUCAAAACGUAUCUGUAUAAAAACCGUGAACAAAAAACAUUAUUGUUAGCAUUAAAGCUCAAACAAUGUGCCGUAGUGGUCUUAAUCGAUGUGUCACUGUCCACAGUGACUGACUAUGCAAAAAUAAUUGUAUGGCUUUAACUGUUGUACUUGGCCUGUGGCCUGUGUCCAUGGGGUCUCCUUAUUCAGAUAGAUAUUAAAUAAAUCUGUGAGUGUACAACUGAGAAACUUUGCUACAAGAAAUUCUGUAACCGAGAUGUGAUCAGCUUAGGAAAAUGAUACAUCUCAUUCAGACUCAUAGUAGGCCUCUGUAAGAUUUUGUUAGUCUUGCUGCUGUAAGAAACUCAAAUAUAAGACCAGUGCUAAU